AUGGGCUUAGCACCAGUGACAACACAGUUUGACAUCCAAGAAGAGGAGGAAACAGAACUUAAAGAUAAUAUAGACAUUGAUAUUCCAAAUGUGGAUGAAUCUGAAUCAUUGCUUUCAAAUGUGGUCUCCGAUGUUAACAAAACACUCACUAGUCUAUACAACACAGUAACAUUGGCCAAUGUUACAGCAGAAAACAAAACACAAAUAGCAAAUGAAACAAGAAAAUUAGUCAAAUGUAGGGAGAUUGUGUACGACCCAACUGAGGACACAGAACCAACAGUAGAAAUUAUAAAUGGAACUCAUCUUGCUAAAUUGUUACAAAUCAAACCAGACAUAACCAGUCGAGACACUGAAGCCGAUUGUGUACUUGUCCUCUUCUAUGCCAGAGCAUGCCCAUUUAGCGCACAUGCAGCACCUCACUUCAAUGCACUUGCACGAUCAUACCCCAGUGUAAAAAUGGUAGCGCUAGAUGCCCUAAAGUACAGCGGAACCAAUACUCAGUAUGGCAUUGUUGGUGUGCCAACACUAAAAAUGUUCCAUAAUGGACGGCCUGUUGGAAAAUUUAAUGGCACGGAAUAUAACAUCCAAUCGUUUAGUAAGUUUGUUCAUGCCAUAACUGGUCAGUAUCCCGUAAGACUGCUUGUCACAUCCAAAGAUUUUCAAGGUCCUGUAUCUAGUGUUGUGGAGAAAGAGACUGAUUAUUUUCUUGUACUGUCAUGGCUAUUUAUUAUAAUUUGUUCAAUUUAUUAUUUCAUGCAGUCAAAAUGGUGGAGGAUGAUAGUGGAAAUGAUACAAAAUAAUUGGAGAGAAUCAGAGGCUCAACAUGAGCAUAAUGAUUAG